AUGAGCGCACCCUCGAAUAACCAACAUGCUCACGGCCAGAACCCGGACUACUAUGCUGAGACGGCCAGCGUAGCCGGUCCCUCGGGCAGCAGCCAAGCAGCAUCAGAGCAGAACCCUCCUCAGUAUCAAGAGAUGGUACAUCCUCCUGCGUCUUCUGGCCAACAAGACUACUACCCUCCCCCGCCACCGGGGCCCCCGCCGAGCCAGAGCCAGAACCAAGGCUACCAAGCAUACCACCCUCUCCAGUCGAAUCCCGCCGACUAUUCACAACAGCCACCGCCGAGCUACGAGCCCACGCCAGGGUUGGAUGUUCACGGAGAUGAGAAGCCCCCAGUGCUGCCUCCGCGCCCGACCUCGCGACCCGGGUCCAGCCAAGGGCAAGCAGCACCCUACUUCCCUCCUCCGCCCGGAGCUACUGAGGCGCCGCCGUCGCCGCAGCAGCAGCAGCAGCAGCAGCAGGCCGCUGCUCCCACGACAACCGAAUCCCAUGGCUCUGUAGGCCCUGCAGUCGUGGCAGCGGGUGCAACUGGUGCUGCUAUCGGGGCUGCAUCGCAGAGUCAGCAGAACCCCGAUGCCAAGAAGAAGAAAACCUUUGGCGAGCGUUUCUACGACUGGAGUGUUAAGGCUGGUGUGCCCGUCAACAAGAUUACCAACAAGCUAGGCGCGGAAGCUUUCUGGCCGACGAGCAUGGACAAGGAAUGUGACAAGGCCGCUCGCAUUCUAAAGUCUUUCUGCAAGGAUGGAUUCUACACCGAGUCGACUCAACCGCCACCAUCGCCCGGCCACGCAACGAACCCGGGUCCCACACCGAACCCCAAGGCCAAGACUUUGGUCAAGGUGCCUUCCAAGGCCAUAGCACAGGCCAAGGGUAUUGCCAUCUUCACAGUCUUCCGUACUGGUCUGCACAUUUCUGGUGCCUCGGGCUCUGGUAUCGUCAUGUCGCGCUUGCCCGACGGAUCUUGGUCCCCGCCAUCAGGUUUCCUAGUCCACACUCUGGGCGCCGGCUUCAUGGUUGGCCUUGACAUCUAUGAUUGCGUCUGUGUACUCAAUACCGAGGAGGCUGUCAAGGCCUUCACAAAGCCACGUUUCAGUCUUGGAGGCGAGAUCACAGUUGUGGCUGGCCCCGUGGGCGCUGGUACAUCUGUCGACGCAGCUAUUGGUGCUGGCAAGCCAGUAUGGUCAUACAUGAAGUCUCGCGGAUUCUACGCUGGUAUUCAGGCCGAUGGAACAGUCAUUGUGCAGCGUCCCGACGCCAAUGCAGCCUUCUAUGCGGAGAAGGGUAUCACGCCUGAGCGCGUGCUGCGCGGUGACGUGAAGCCUCACCAGGGCCUAGUUAGUGACGGCGGCAAGGGCGAGAUCGUGCCAUGGCCUCUUGGUGCUCGGCAGCUCAUGGAGGUGCUGAAGAGCGCCGAGGGCGGCCGGGCCGAUGAGAAGGUCGUCGAGGAGGUUGGUAAGGGACCAACUCCCGGCGAUCUUGCUGGCACUGAGGGAGUUGGCCAUGGAGACCCUUCUGCGCAUGGCGGUGUGCACCCGCAAGGUGAUGUGAAGUAUGCUUGA